UUGGCAACACUGCUGAAAAUCUAGUGACUUUCUCGUUUAACGGUUGGUUUCGACUACAUUCGAGCGCGAGUUGCUACUGCUCCCAGGCCAUUUUAACGCUCAACGCUGUGAGCGGUGUAGUGACGGUCGCUCUUGUGUUCCGCCGUUGUAUUGUGAUCCGCUGAAGAAGACAUCGAAUAGCAGCGAACGACGACCUCCUAGUGGCUGUGCGCGUUUUUUAAGAAGUGCAUCACCGUGCUGUGUUCAUCUCGUAACCGCUUGCCUUCACCCAACCGCCUUUGCCUUUUUGCUCCCAUACGUCACUUCGAUACACUUGUUCUCAAAGUGUGCAUCCAAACCUUAUAAUGGUUAAAACGAGACGUUCAGAGUCUUGUAGUGUGGCUCCUGAAAAUGGUGAACGCUGCCAGACCGAUGCCCCCAGGCGCCUCGCGUCUAGGGAAUUGGGUUCAUCCUGCGAUUCGGUGAACGGCGAAGAGGAACAGGAAGAGGAUAGCGAGCAAGGUGGUGAGGAAGAGGACUCUUGGAGUUCGCCUGAGAAACCACUGUUGCAUGUCGCUCAUUCACGAGCGAGAUGCGCGGCUGCGCCUGCGAUUUUAAGUCGGGCGCGUCAGCAAAGGACUCGCUUCGUUAAUGGUGUUCAUUCAAGGCAAGGACGAAGAAGUGCCCGCCGCCGUCACGUAAAAAUUUAUCCGCCCCGUCACACAAUGCGCGACAUCAUGGACAGCGAUAUGGAGGAUUGUUACUCAUCCUCGCGUAGACGCAGCAAUUACAAAAAUCAUCAGGUGGAACGCCGCGCAGCGCUAUCUCUGCGACCGAUUAUUCAAAAGUCUUAUAAAGAUGUUGAUUCGGCGAUGAAUUGCAAUUCGGAUGACAGUACUGAUCUACGGCGUGUACGACGUAGUCGACGAAAUCGUUGCUACGCUAAUCAAUCCUGGAUAGGUGAUGAUCAAAUGCACAAAGUUGGUUAUCCCACGCUCAAUCAAUACACGGACGAUAGCAGCCGCGAUGCUGAAGUUGUCCGUCCACUUCGCAAAAGACGUACACCAUAUCAUUAUUUUUCACCAGACACUGAUAAGAAUAAACGCGGCGAAUCGCACGAUAAAGAGAAUAAAGAAGAUUCCGCAAAUAUAACUGUUAAGCGUAGUGAUAAUGAUGCCGAAGAAGCCGAUAUUCGAAAAGCUUCUGUGGUGAAGAAGGAAAGCAACGAAAAUGCCAAAAGCAAAUCAACGGAUAAGGAACAGGAAGAGGAAGAGGAGGAGGAUGGAGAUGAAGAAGUACCCGAAAAGGGUAAUGAAACGAAUAAGGAAUCCUCGAGUGAAUCCGAGGAAGAACAAGUUAGAUGUGGCCCGAGGCUACGAACUCGCACUAGAAAACGUAAACUGUCCACAUCGAGCUCUGAAGGUGUUAAAAAGAGUUACUCACUUCGGGAACGUCGUGCGAAACCUCUUCCGGCUUACUCCGAGCAUCUUGAGCGGAGAGCACCUCCACGUAAUAGAAAUAUACCUCGGUUUAAUGGUCGUCGAUUUACAAGGAGCGUCUCUAGUGAGUCGGAUUCUUCCGAUUCAGAUCGGCGUCAUAAUUCGAAAUAUAUCAAAACACCGAAAAGUCCACACUCGAAAAAUGAACAACUGCGAACGGGAGGUGGAAAGAUACAACCGAUUGCGCCGGAAACAAUGGAUCCCACUAUUAAAUUUGAAGCCGUUGGGGGCUAAGAGCAUGUUCAGUGCCUCAAGGAAAUGGUAUUGCUACCCAUGAUGUAUCCCGAGGUGUUUGCCCGUUUUCAGAUUCAACCUUCAAAGGGGGUAUUAUUUCAUGGCCCGCCUGGUACUGGGAAAACUUUGCUGGCGAGAGCAUUGGCAAAUGAGUGUUCGUUUGGCAGUAAGAAAGUCUCGUUUUUCAUGCGGAAGGGUGCUGAUUUAUUGAGUAAGUGGAUUGGUGAGAGUGAGAAACAGUUGAGGGUGUUGUUUGAGCAAGCGGCGGAGAAGAAGCCUUCAAUUAUCUUUUUCGACGAAUUGGAUGGGUUAGCACCUGUGAGAUCUGGAAGGCAAGAUCAGGUACAUGCGAGUAUUGUGUCCACGUUAUUGGCACUUAUGGAUGGAUUGACUAAUAGAGGCGAGAUUAUUGUAAUUGGGGCGACGAAUCGAAUUGAUGCGAUUGAUCCGGCGUUGAGGCGACCUGGGAGGUUUGAUCGGGAGCUAUUUUUUCCUUUGCCGGCACAGAAGGAAAGGGAAGAAAUAUUGCGAGUGCAUCUUGGACAAUGGACUACUCCACCGUCCGAUUCGUUGAUUUUAUAUCUGGCGGAGAGUUCUGUAGGUUAUUGCGGAUCUGAUUUAAAAGCGCUUUGCUCGGAAGCUGUUAUUCAAAGUUUUCGAAGAACGUAUCCUCAGGUUUAUACAACUCAAAGUAGAUUGGUGUUGAAUCCAGAUUUAGUCAAGGUUGAAAAACUUGAUUUUCUGCGAGCCAAAUCAGUGCUUGUGCCUGCAUCACAUCGAAUUGCAGAAAGCGUGGGAAAUAAACUUAAUCCUGUUGUUCACCCCUUGCUUGCGACGCCUCUGAAUGAAGUAAUGGAAAUGUUAAAAACUUCAUUUCCGCACGGGGCAAAUCCUACUCUUGCAAAAGUAAAAGUAUCUGCUAACGUCCGAGUGGCGCAAAUGUUGGUGGCUGCUGACGGAACUGAAUACGGAAACUGCACUUAUUUGGCGCCUGCCUUGCUUCAUCAAAUGGAACAUAUACAUUCAUAUGUUUUGGACUUAGCAGCUCUACACCGAGAAUGCGGUCGAACACCCGAGGAGGCGUGCAUUCAGAUAUUUCACGAAGCAAAACGUAACGUUCCAAGCAUAAUCUACAUUCCAAACAUUGACACUCUCUGGACGCUGGUGAACGAGACUGUGAUUGGUAUUUUCGAAACGCAAUUGAAGCAGAUUGGGCCGAAUAAUCCAAUUCUUCUCUUGGCGACAUCGGACACACGAUAUAUUGAACUACCGCCUAAGUUGCAAGCGAUUUUUUCCAUGUACAGGAACGAAGUGUACGAAAUGCGUUUGCCGGAUGCCCAAUCUCGCUACGACUUCUUCAAACCUUUGCUUCUAGAGGCGACCAUGCGACCACCACGAAUUGUCCGAACUGAAGUUCAGCAGUAUGAGGAGUUACCACGAGCACCCACUCCGGAACCAGAACCGAUGACUAAAGAAGCUGCUAAAACGAUUUACGACAAGGAGGAAGCUACAUUGAGAGAGUUAAGGAUAUUCCUCAGGGAUAUGUGUAAGAAAUUAGCAUCAAAUCGAUUGUUUUUCCCUUUCACAAAGCCAGUCGAUAUGGAGGAAGUACCCGAUUAUCCAACCAUCAUUAAAGAGCCUAUGGACUUGGAAACGAUGAUGACCAAAGUCGAUUUCCAUCGAUAUCAAUGCGCCAAAGACUUUCUCGAUGACAUUGAACUAAUUUGUCGCAAUGCGUUGGAGUAUAAUCCAGCGAGAACAUCGGCUGAUAAGCAAAUUCGGCAUCGGGCGUGCUCGCUCCGCGACUAUGCAUACACCUUAAUCAAGAGUGAAAUGGACAGCGACUUUGAAGAUAAAUGCCAAGAAAUCGCACAGCGGCGGCAGCAGCGCAAUAUUUCGGUAGUUGAGUUCCUACCACCGUAUUUAAACACACCACAGGACAACGCCGUUGUGAAAACUUUCAGCAAUGAGAUGGUUCCAGACAUCAAAGAGAACGUAAAGGCUGAACCAAUCGUACAGAACGGAGUCGGGCAUUCUCCGAUCACAACAAGGGUAAGUCCUUUGCGAAAACGUAAAACUCCGCUAUGGGCGCGUGGGUACUCCAAGAAACGAAAGAAGUCUAAGAACGGCAAUCACAAUGAAUCACAAAAUACAGAGAAGAAUUCUUCGGGUGAGGAAGAUCCUAAAGAAAGUAUUGGAUUGGCUGAACCGGAGCAGGCUGGUGAUUCCAAGGAGGAAGAUAAUGAAAAUUCCGAGAAUGUUGACAUUAAGACUUCACACAGCAAUAACGUUCCUUGUGCUCUGAGCGAUCUGUUAAGUCCGUCCGAGUUAUUGGAAGAUCCUUUGGACUUUGAUGACAUUGACAAAGAACUUAACGAAUCAACAUCCGUGGAACAAGUCAAGGUUAUUGUAGAUGAGGGACACUUGAAUGAUGUGUUGACAGUCGCAACAUCCGUGACAAAGAACAAGCCUCUUACUUCACUCUUAGAUCUUCACUUCCAGUUAAGUCGCAUUAUCAAGGAGUUUAUCAAAUGUGUUGAUAGAGAACCAGUCCCAAGGUUAUUACUGGAAGAGUUGAGACGCUACAAAGAAUCUCAUAUGAAUACAGACGACUCGUGCCGGCCACUGUCAGCCUUAUCACAAAUUUCCGACACAUGUAUUGCGAUGUUUAAUCAGAAAUGAUACCGUAAGAUGCGAAGAAGAUAAAUUGCCACUGCCAUCGACUUAAUUAUGAAAUCCAACGAACAAGAGUUAGGACGCAAAAGAGUUGAAUUCGUCGUUGGUAUUUGCAAAUUAAUAUUCAUCACACAUCGUCGUUACUUCACAAUUUAUUUUUCGGAUUGUUUUAUACGUAAUCGCCAAAUUUAGGAAUAGGGUAGUUUUUUUUGUAAUUAUUUUCAACAAGAUGCGCAUUUGAUUUUUAGUUGUGAGCUAGGCUCUACAACGAGUCGCCUCCAUUGAUGGCCAAAGACUUAAAACCAUACACUGCCACACCCGAGUAAGGCUGAUUUUAUUUUUGUAUUAAUAUUAGUUUGAAGAGAAUAUUAAAAAAACAUGCAGGGAAAAUGAAAUCAAUAAGUACGUUUAGUGAUUACUGAUUAAUUCUAAGUGUAAUGUACUUUACUGUUUUAUGCUCCAUCACCCUAGUGUAUAAAAUAUUAAAAUGUUCAAGUUUAUAGAA